UCCUUCCCCUCUCUCUCUCGUUUUGGCUCUGUCUCUGUCUCUGUCUCCGUCUCCAGACAAUGUAGCAAGCAACUAUGCAGGAAACUCUCCACCUCUCCUCCGCCAUCACUCCCCUCCCCCUCCCCAAUCCCAAUUUCCCCUCCACUCCCCGCCCCAAACACCUCCAAUUUCCCCCUCCUCCUUCAACCAAAACCAUCUCAAUCAAGUCCCCUGCUAAUCCCGUUCCUCCGCCCACGCCUCAAACCUCCCAAAUCCAGGAAAUCAUCCUCUACCUCGACUCCCUCGGCGUCGACUCCUUCCACUGCCUCCACUCCCACCCUCCCCUCCUCUCCACCCCCGUCUCCCAAAUCCAAUCCACCGUCGCCUUCCUCCUCUCCCUCGGCCUCACCGUCCCCGACCUCCGCCGCAUCUUCCCCAUGUGCCCCGACCUCCUCUCCUCCCCCACCUCCGCCACCGUCAUCCGCGCCACCACCUUCCUCCUCCGCGAGGCCCGCGUCGCCGCCCCCGACCUCCGCCGCGUCAUCCACCGCCGCCCCCGCCUCCUCACCUGCAGCGUCGACCGCCAGCUCCGCCCCGCCCUCUACUUCCUCCAGGGCACAAUCGGCAUCGAGGACGUCAGCAAAUUCACCUUCCUCCUCUCCUGCUCCGUCGAAUCCAAGUUUAUUCCCAGAAUUGAGUACCUGCAGAAGCUAGGGUUUUCCUACAGGGACACGAUCGCCAUGUUCAGGAGAUUCCCCUCGCUCUUCUGCUACAGCAUUAAGGAGAAUUUCGAGCCGAAAUUCGAUUACUUCGUGGUCGAAAUGGGGAGGGAUUUGAAGGAAUUGGUGGCUUUCCCCCAUUAUUUCUCCUUCAGCUUGGAGAAUAGGAUAAAGCCGAGGCACGGGAUGUGUGUGGAGAAGGGCGUGUGCUUGGCGUUGCCGACGAUGCUGAAGCUCUCCGAGGUGCGGUUUCGGGCGAGGUUGGAGGUGUGCUGUAGCUCAUCCGCGCCGGUGAGGAGUUCUCCGUUCUGGAUAAAUACUCAUGGUGAUGAUGUUACAUAGAUGGGGAAUUUGGUGAUGUUUGUUUAUAUUGAUGUAUGCACAGUACAUACAUUCUACUCUUGUGAAUGUUUAUGAGGUUAAUUCAAUUCAUCAUUGCUAAGAAUUAUGGAUGAGUGAUGUUGUUGUGUUUA